AUUUAUAAUAAUUUAAUAUCAAAUAAAGUUAAAGUAGAACAUCAUAAUAAAAGAUCUAGUCGACAAAUGUUAAUUAAAGAAAAAUUAUUAAAUGAUGAAUUAUUAAUGCCACAUCGUAUAUUAUAUCAAGUUGGGGAAUCAGAAGAUGAUCUACCAAUAUGUUCACCAAAUGCUGUCUGUUCUAAAAUAGAUGUAUAUGAUAUACCAUGGAUUGAAAGACAGUGUCGUUGUCCAAUCAUUCAUAUAUCAAAUAAAAUUCAAAUACAUCAUCAUCAUCAUCAACAACAACACUAUCAUGAAAACCCUAAUCAAAAUUCAUUAAAUCAUUUAAAAAAUAAUAUUAAUUUAAAAUCAUCGUAUAACAAAAAUCAAAAAUAUAAUAAUAUACAACAGAAACAAAAUAUUUAUGAUUUAAAUGAAAGAAAUAUUGAAGAUAUUCAUAUUAAGAGAUUUAUGCAAAAAUUUCAAGCUGUUCAUCGAGAUGAUUUAAUAUUAAAUGAAAAUGAUUUACAACAAAAUAAUGAAGAAAUUGAAAAAAAUCAUCAAUUACAUUUAGGAAUUACAGCAACAAAAUUACAGCAGCAACAACAACAACCAAAAAAGCAACAACAACAACAUCCAAAUUUAUUUUUAAUACAUAAAAUAUUACGUAAAUAUCCACAAGAAAAGAAUGAUGCAACUUCAUCAUCAUCAUCAUCAUCAUAUACAAUAAAAAAACGAGAAUCAAAUAAAUUAAGGCAUUCAGGACGUUUUGGUCAAAAUCAUAAUAGCAAUCAUCAUCAUCAUCAUCAUCAACAUCAUCGUAAAGAUAUAACAUUUCUUGGUGGUUGUCCUAAUGAUAUUAGAACUGAUGAUGGUUUUACAAUAUCUGAUAAAACAAGACAUUAUAAAUUAUGUAGUCCAGUACAUAAAUUGCCAUUAUGCGAUUCUUAUUCUGAUUUUACAUGGACUGUAACAACAAUGCCAGAAUUAAAUAUUACAGAACAAAUUGUACAUUGUAGAUGUCGCCCAAAUUCAGUUACAUAUUUAACAAAAUGGGAACCAAAUACCCAUUCAGGAUACACUUAUUAUUUUGCAUGUUCACCACAAAAUAGACUCCGAUGUCAACGAAAAGAACCAUGUCGAUUAUUUACGUUACGACAAAGACAAGAACAUUUAGAUGAAGUAAAUACAAAUCCAUUAUGUCAAUGUCCAAGAGAUCAUAAAUGUCCAACACAUCAUACUGAUUCUGGUGUUGUAGCAGGUGAAAGUUAUAUGGAUGAUAAUAUUAAAACGUUUGCUGGUUAUUGUAUGGCGAAUGAUUAAUUUUAAAUAAUCAUUGAAUAGUUUUAGUAGUACCAUUUUCUAAUAAUUUUUACUAGUACUUUUUUUUUUCUAUUUUAUUAUUAUUAUUAUAUUUUCUAUUUAUAUAAUGUUAUUGUAUUAUGAAAUGCUAUUAUUAUUUUUAAAAAAAAAUAAAACAAUAAAAAAAAAUAUUUAAAUUAAA